AUGGCUCCUCAGAAUAUCCUGAUCUUCGGUGCCACAGGCCAGAUUGGCUCGUUCAUCCUUACUGCCGUCCUCUCCGCACGGUCUCAAUUCGGCCGAGUUGGUAUCUUUACUUCCCCACACACAGCCGAGACCAAAGCCGCGGACCUGGAAACACUGAAGAAGCGGGAUGUCGAGGUAAUUGUUGGUGAUGUUACCGACGAGAAUGCCAUCAAGGCUGCCUAUAAUGGCAUUGAUACCGUCAUUUCAGCUCUCGGCCGAAACGCUCUCGCUGAACAGAUCCCUUUAAUCCGUCUAGCUGCAGCCAGCUUCAGUGUGAAGUGGUUCCUGCCCUCAGAAUAUGGUACCGACAUUGCCUAUGGUCCAGCUUCAGCGCAUGAGAAGCCCCACCAGCAAAAGCUCAAGGUGCGAGCUGUGCUCGAGAAAGAGAUCUCGCGCGCAGAUCUGAACUACUCCUAUGUCGUGACUGGACCGUUUGCAGAGAUGUACUUGCAUUUCACGCCCGGCGUCGAGGAGGCCGGAGGUUGGGAUGUUAAGGCCCGGAGAGCUGUUUUACUAGGAGAGACCGGGAAGGAGAGGGUUAGUUUGACGACUAUGAAGGACGUGGGAACUCUCGUCCUGGCUACUCUUCUCAAUACCACGCCCGAGUCCCGCAACCGCCCUCUCUGUGUCAACUCUUUCACUACCACCCCGGCUGAGAUCCAGGCUGAAUUUGAGCGUCAGACUACUGGAAAGCCUUGGGAUGAUGUCUCGCGUACAUCUGUGGAACGGCUACGCGAGCUAGAGACUGCGGCCUGGGAAGGUGGAAACCCCGCUGCAACAGUGUUCACGCUGCGCCGAAUCUGGACGGAGGGAGGCACAUUGUAUGACCAGCGUGCCAAUGGCCUGAUCGGAGAGCCGAACAUGAUGACCCUACAGGAGGUAGUUGCGAAUGAGAUCAAGCGUGUUUCUCCACUGUAG